AUGUAUUUGUACAGUUCAUCGGAUAGCUCAUCAUCCAGUUCAUCUGACAGCAGCCGCUGCCCCAGCAUUCUCCGUGCUAUGUACCCGCUCCCCAGCAACUAUAAGCUGGUGUCAUUUCUGGGUGAGGGAGGCUUUGGAGAUGCGAUCAAAUGUGUCAAAAAGGACACCAAUGAGACUGUUGCUGUAAAGGUCCCUCACUAUGGCUGCAGCUUCAAAGCUGAAUUGACUCUACUGAACUUCCUCAUGGAGAAGAACCUGGACAAGUGCAACAUUGUCAGGUUCAUUGACUUGCUCAAGCUGGAGGACGAGAGAACUGGUCUGGCCUUCGAAUUGCUGGAUGAGAAUCUUAGCAACCUUUUUUUUCAGAGGAACUUUACCCCUUUGGAUUUACAUGAAGUCAGGAGUGUAGUCCAACAGAUGGCCACGGCAUUGAAUGCCCUGAAGAUGGCUAGAGUGAUCCAUUCAGAUAUAAAGUUAGACAACAUCAUGGUAGUGGAUCGCAACGCGCAGCCCCUCACAGCAAAGCUUAUUGACUUUGGAUUGGCUUUUCCAGCUUCUUUAGUGAAGCAGGGUGCCAUUCACCAAACGUUGCCCUACAGAGCUCCAGAAAUUAUUUUGGGACUUCCAAUUUCAGAGGCCAUCGACAUGUGGUCUCUGGGUGUUGUGAUGGCGUUCUUGGUGCUUGGCAACGCUCUCUUCCCUGGGGAAACUGAGUAUGAUACAAUACUAUAUAUAGUGGAUCUCCUGGGUAUACCUCCAGAACAUCUUCUGAGAGCUGGGAUAUACUCAGACAAAUAUUUUAUAAAAACAUUUUCUGGUCGCUGGAAACUGAAGACACGCAAGGAGUACUGGAGAAGAGGCACACCUCGCACCAACUACAAGGCCUACCAGUUCCACAAACUGGACGAAGUGGAGAUGAUGCCCCUGGACAACCUGAAUAAGGUGGAGCCCGAUGAAAGGAAGGAGUGCAUUGACCUACUGAAGGCAAUGCUUCGGAUGGAUCCCAGUGAGAGGAUUACACCCGGUGAAGUCCUCGCUCAUCCGUUCAUCACAAGGGGCACCGUCCACCAUAGCUCUGACAGCAGUGAAACUUUAGAGUCCAGUACACCCAACACAACUGAACCUGGGACCAUUGAGACAGCUGAACCACUCACCACCCAUGCUUUUGAGACCAAGGAGAGCGAGCCUGACGGCAGCAGUGAAACUUUAGAGUUAAGCACCCCCAAGACAACUGAACUAGCAAUCAACAGGACAAAGGAACCUGAAACCAACCAGGCAGCUGAACCACAAACCACCCAGGCAACUGAGCUCAACAAGAGCAAGGCUGUGGACGGCUCAAAUGGAUUUCAUGAAUCACCACUUUAUCCAGGUGUCAUCUCGGUGCAGUCUGCACCACCUGAACGCUGUCUGAGGUGGGAUGAGGACAGCUUGGAGCAGAGUGAAGCCAGCUCUUUGGAUAGCCUGGAGGACCUCUCCGACAGUGGUCCAGUGGAGUACUCUGAGGAGGUUGAAAGUGACCUCCCUCUUCUUCUCCUUUUAUCUGAGGACUGUAGCAUUGAGCAGGAGCCCACAGAACUCACUGACACCACAUCUGAAGACACAGACCCUGAGAGGAGGAAGGAGAAGAGAAAGAGGAAUUGCUUCAAGCGCUCCUUCUGCUGGAUGAGGAGGACACUCUGCAUCUGUGUCAGCGCCAACAACGACGAGGGCUAACAGCACUGUGAAGGUUUUCCAGCACAACAGCUCACACGGGAAAUACGGAGAGAAGUUGUGCUGUAAAACUUUAAUAGUUGUUGAGGGCAGCACGGUGGCCUCACAGAAGCUCUGUUCCCUUCUGUGUGGAGUUGCAUUCUCUCCCUGUGUCUGCGUGGGUCUAAGUUAGGUUGAUGAAACCAUUCAAUAAAUACUUAAAAAAAUAA